CAUGGAGACCGAGGAUGUCAAUUUACGCAGUGAAAUAACACUUCUUUCACAGAUAGACCAAAAGUGCAAUGGUGCCUUCCAGAAGUUCUUGGAAAUUGAGGAGUGGGACAAAAACCAAUGGGAUGAGGUGCUCACUGCAGUGGCGGCUGCACUCUUAGACCCAGACUUGACUCUCCUGGUUGGAGCAAAUCUGCGACCAUGGCUAUUGGAGCUGCUGUCUCAUGCCAAAGAGGUUGUGAAGAAAAUUGAUGCACAUCCUGCUUUCUGUGUUAGUCUUAGCAAGCUUGUCACUGUCAGCAAUGAUGUCAGCAGAUUUGUACUCAAGUAUUUUCAGAGUGCUCCUGCACCAUUCCAUGAGCAGGAAGGAAAUUCCUGUGAACCAAAACAAAAGAAACUCAAAAAUGGUCAUGAGCUUCAGAGGCAUUGUGUUGCAGAUGUUGACAUAGCAAAGGCAACGUACAUACUGCUACAACAUGUUGGAGAAGACCUGACUUACUUGUGGAAAUGGUCGGAUAUAUUACCAUUCUUAAAUCACAGUUCAGAAGAAGUGAGAUGGCUGAUGUGUCAAUGUAUAGCAAUUUUAUCCAGAAUGACUGAAAUGCAGAGAGAGUCUUUAAUAAGAAAGCAUGUACCUGAGGAGGUACACAUUAGAUUGUCUGUAGAGAAUACCCUGACAUCAAAACCAAAAGUUACCAGAAAUAUUGGGAGAGACAGAGAAAUGAGUGAGUGUCAGCAGUUCCAACACACUGUUGCAGUUGGGCUUGUGGCACUGCCAGUCUAUAGCAAGGAGGAUCAGGUAAAAAUGACACUGAAUUGGAUUCCUCAUAUCUGUCAUGUUAAUUAUUUGGCAUUGGUCAAGAAUAUUGGCUUCUAA